UGAGACUAACAACAUCAACUAUUAUAAGAACACAUCUCUUCCCGUUUCUUUUCUCUCUUUCGUUCUUGUUCUUUCUUUCCUUUCCUUUUUCUUCUUUUAUUGUAAGUAUAUAUAAAUUUCAUAUCUACACGUACAUAUAUAUUCUAUGACCACUAUUGUGGAUCAUCAUCAUCAACAACAACAACCAGUUUUCAAGCAUCAUUGCAAGGUAUGCAAGAAGGGAUUUGGGUGUGGAAGAGCUUUAGGAGGCCAUAUGAGAGCUCAUGGAAUUGGAGAAGAUCAUGGAAACAUCGAAGACGAAGAAGAUGAAGAGGAGGACGAAGACGUAGAAAGUGAUUGGGAGGAGAGGAUAGAAGGUAAAAAUAAACGCAUGUAUGCAUUAAGGACUAAUACAAACCAGCACAAGAAUUGUAGAACUUGUGAGAACUGCGGUAAAGAAUUCUUGUCAUGGAAAUCGUUCCUUGAGCAUGGGAAAUGUAGUUCGGCUGACGCCGAGUCUCUUGUAUCAUCGAGGGGGUCAGACGACGAAGAUAUAGACGCCGAAGACGGGAUAACACCAAGAGGGUAUGGGUGGUCGAAAGGUAAGAGAACUAGGAGAUCAGUUGUUAAUAAUAAAUUGGUGGGCAAUUCGCCAUACAUACCCUCUCAUUGUCCAUCAACCGAAGAAGAAGACCUUGCAAAUUGUCUAGUAAUGCUAUCAAAUGCUGCUCAUGAAAAAAUUGUUGAGCCAUUGGCAAUUGUGGCAGAGACGGAGGAAUCUUGCGCAUCGGCUAUUAGGGAGGAUGAGGAAAGACGAAAACCGGUGGCAUUUUUAGGCGGCGGCGGUACUACUCGUGCCAUAACCUUCAAUACUAAUACUAAUAAUAAUUACAAUAGAGUAUCCAAUUUUGAUCAAAAAUCUGGCAAGAAUGUUUCAUUUACUAAUAUUAAAGGUAUGUUUGAGUGCAAGGCUUGCAAGAAAGUUUUCAGUUCCCACCAAGCAUUAGGAGGACAUAGAGCGAGUCAUAAGAAGGUAAAAGGUUGUUUUGCAUCCAAAAUCGACAAUGUUCUUGAUGAGAGCGUGGUUAUGGAAGAAGAUGUGAUCACAAAUGAAGAUUUCAACGUACCCACGAAGUCGACUACGCAACCACUCGUGAACUCAUUGGACCAAAACUAUAACCAUCAACCUUUUUCUUACAAGAAAAAAUCUAAAGUUCAUGAAUGCUCUAUAUGUCAUCGGAUUUUCUCUUCUGGACAGGCUUUAGGAGGUCAUAAAAGGUGUCAUUGGCUUAACUCGUCGAGUUCUACAGAAACGUCGUCUAUAAUUAAUAAGCUCCAUCCUCAUCAGUUCCAAAUUUACAAUCACCAUCACCUUCAAACACAACCCACUAGAUUCAUAAGCUCAAAUGAACCUACUCUUGAUCUUAACUUACCAGCACCUAUUGAUGAAUAUAACAUUAUUGGAACUCGCGGAGAAAGUAGGCCUCGGUUAAGCUUUGAAAUGUCCACAGACAUGUACUUACAACCAUGGAUACAAAGCAGCGACGACGACAACAACAAGUACAGCAGUAACAAUUGUGCUACUACCCUGGUUAAUAAUAAUAGCAAUGCUCAAGAUAAAGAUGUGGAUGCAGCUGAAGAUGGCAAUAAAUUGAAACUAGCAAAACUAAGUGAACUAAAAGACAUGCAUAUUGGUGGUGGUGGUGGUGCUGGUGGUACAUUUUCUUGGCUGCAGGUUGGAAUUGGUUCUCCAACAAAUAAUGUUGGUAGUAACCCCUAAAAUUUUUUUACUCGAGAAAGUUGAAACUAUAUUAAUUGUAUUUUUGUAUGAAGCAACUGUAAAGAUAAGCCAUACCCUUUAUGAUCGUCGCACCACCAUUUUUUCUUCUUCUUUCCACCCGAUAAUCAAUUUACGUACAAUAAUUUUUUUGUUG